AUGGAUUUGAAUCAGUUUCCUUCAGAAGUUGAUUUUGAUUUCCUGGAUGCUGUUAAUACAAGUCCUUCCUACCGCACUCAAGUACCUUUGGUUGAUGCAAGUUUAGAAGGUGAUGAGCACAAUGGCGUUGACAAUCCAUCAAAUGCUGACGCUACAACCCAAAAUGCAGAUGGUUGUCCGCUUAACAACCAAGAAUCUACUAUUGUUACAAAAGAGGUUGUGGAAGAUAUUUGGUUGACACCACCAGUGCCAUACACAAGGCAAGCAUUUUCCACUAAACAGGAAGCAAGAGAGUUCUACAAUUCAUAUGCAAAGAGGAUUGGUUUUUCUGUUCGUACUAGUACUACACGGCUAUCAGGGGUGACCAGAGAGCAGAACAAGGUUCAGUUCGUCUGCAACAAAGAGGGGCGACAGAGGAAAACGAAGGAAGAGCAACCAGUUGCUGAAACUGAUGAUAGCAAUUUUGAUGAAGAUUCAGAUCCUAAUGAUUGCGAUGAGGGAGCAGAAAAGAAGAAGAAGUUGGAUGGCGGCAAAAAGAGAAAGAGGGAAAAGAUGAUGCAUACAGACUGUAAAGCCAAAAUGGUUGUCAAACUGAUUGCUGGCAAAUGGCAUGUGAUAAACUUUGUGCCAGAUCACAACCAUGACCUUGUUUUGAAGCCAUCACUGAAAAAGUUCCUAAGGUCUCACAAGGGGAUACCUAAAGAGGAGAAGGAUUUCAUUGCAUUGUUGCAUGGGUCCAACUUGCACACUGGUCGUAUAACGCAACUUAUGAACGAGUUUUAUGGCUCUGCGCAGCUAGUUCCAUAUGAAGGAAAAGAUGUUAGCAACUUUCAUUCCACCAUUAGGAAAGAUGAAAAGUACAAAGAUGUUCAGGAGACCUUGGACUACUUUAAGGAGCUAGAAGAUCAAGAUGCUGAAUUCUUUUACAAGAUAAAGCUUGACGAAGAUAGCAGAGUUGAAUGCCUGUUUUGGGUUGAUGGAGCUGCAAGGCAUGCCUACAUUGAAUUGUACAAUGAUUUGGUGUCUUUUGAUGCUACCUAUAUGACAAACAUGUAUGAUAUGCCCUUUGCUCCAUUUAUUGGGAUCAACAAGCAUGGGCAGUCGUUCAUGCUGGGGUGUGGCUUCAUAAGAGAUGAAAAAACCCCUAGCUAUGUGUGGCUGUUUGAAACAUUCCUAGAAGCAAUGCAGGGCAAAGCGCCUGUGAGCAUAAUAACUGACCAAGAUGGUGCUAUGAGGUGUGCAAUCGCGCAGACAUUUCCAAAUACAAAUCACAGGAACUGUCGGUGGCACAUAAUGGACAAAUUUACUGGAACAAUAGGCCCUAUCCUUGAUAAAGAUGAAAAAUUGGAAGAUGACUUCAAGGAAUGCAUGAACUACACCGUUAGUCCAGAUGAAUUUGAAGUAAAGUGGUCUGCUAUGAUCAGCAAAUAUAAUUUGCAAGAGAAUGUUCAUUUCCAACGUCUUUAUGCAAUUCGUAGCAGUUUUGUGUCAGCUUACUACAUGCAUUGUUUUUACCCGUUCUUGCAAUCGACUCAGAGGAGUGAGGGGUUUAAUGCUGUGCUGAAAAAGUAUGUGAACCCAAACAUGUCGAUUCUGCACUUUGUUAGGCAGUACUCAAAGAUUCAAGACAAGUGCUUGGUGGCUCAAGAUGGGCAGGACUUCAGAACUGAUGAUAAGGAGAGGAGAAGGUGGUCUAGAUACCCAAUUGAGAAACACGCGUCAACUGUGUACACUAAGAACCUAUUCUAUAGAUUCUCAAAAGAAUUUGAGAAAACUGCUGAAUAUGAGGUGACGCCUGAAGGUCAGUUCCAAUAUUUGCUUGUGCCGAACAACAAUUUUGUCUACGGCUAUGGAAAAAGGACAUAUCUUGUGACAGCCGUGGUGGAGGAAGAAAGUUCCUACUGUGAGUGCAGCAAGUUUGAUAGGGAUGGGAUGCUUUGUUGCCAUAUAAUGAAGAUCUUAACAAGAUUGGGAGUGAAGAAUAUACCACAACGCUACAUAUUGAAGAGAUGGACGCAAGAAGCAAUUCAAGGGGGUGAGAAUGCUGAGCCUAAUGCACAUGUGCCUGCUGAAUUCAUAGCCCGUGGCAUGCCUCUCAACACCAAAAGGACUUUGUGGUUCACCAAUCUAUCUACAGCUUUUGCAAGUUUAGCAGUUGAGGGGUGUGUUUCGAAGGAGACCUACACUGUUAUGGGCAAUCACAUAAAGUUGAUGCAAGCUGAAAUUGCUGAGAUCAAACAGAGGAAAAAAAGCAAUGCUCGAAAGGCACGGGGCGCUAAUCGAGCAAGGUCUGUCAACGCAGAUGGGUCUAAUGGUGCUGCUAAUAUGGGUAUAAUUGGUUCAACUGAUACACAUGUUGUGUUUGAUCCUAUGGUGCAAAAUAUUUCAACGCACCAUGAAGCAGGUGUGACUGAAGACACAGGUGGUUUGGCCCCUCUCCCAGCAGGUGAUGCCCCUGUUACCAUCUAUGGUGAUUUUGAUGGCGCUAGUGCAAUGACUACAGGUGUCGGCAACCCCCCAAGAUCAAAAGUCAAAGGGUGCAAGAAGGGGAAAAGGUUUAAAAAAGGGAUGAAUGCUGGAUCAAAAAGAAAGAACAAGUGCAGCCUUUGCAAAAGCACUAACCAUAAUGCUGCAAAGUGCCCAACGAAAGAGAGAGAAGGUGUGGUGUUAGGAUCUGUUGCUGUGGAAUAG